CUCCAAAGUCCAAACUACCAUAUAUUUACAUACAACUCUGAGGCCAGCCUCUUCACACUGACUUUAUUGACUUCUAAUUUCGUGGAAGAUACAAGGAACUUGUCUCCAAACUUUCUUCUUAUUAGUACUCUAAAUUCUAGAAUGUAAUGCUGAUAGUUUCAAACCUUUAAAGCGCACAUGGAUAUAAUAUUGGCACUACAACAUUAUUUGGUUAUUUUCUAGCCAUAUAUAGUUUGGUGUAUAUAGCAAAAGUCAACCCAAUCUUCUUCUACUUUCCUAACUCUCCCUCUUAAAUUGAUGCAGUGUAUAUAAGUUUGAGAUUGGAUCUCAAUUAUUGAAGCAAAUGGGUGCUGAAUAAUCACAAAAAGCUUUUGUUUUGGUGUAAAAAGCAACAAUUUUUCAAGAUGGCCAAAUCAAUAGUAGACUUCACAGUACAAAAAAUCAGUGAUUUACUCAUUGAAGAAGCUGUGUUCUUAUAUGGAGUGAGAGACAAAGUGAAGCAGCUGAGAACUGAGUUAAGGAGGAUGGAAUCUUACCUACAAGAUGCAGACAGAAAGCAAGAUGAAGAUGAAAGUCUUCGGAAUUGGAUUUCGGAAAUAAGAGAAGCUGCUUAUGAUUCUGAUGAUGUGAUAGAAGCAUAUGCACUUAAAGGAGCUUCAAGAAGGAUGAACAUGACAAGUUCUUUGUACAGUAUCAAAAGGUGUAUUCUAAUCAUCAAGAGGUUAAUUGAAAUCCAUCAAGUAGGAUCCCAAGUUGAUGAGAUCAGUUCAAGGAUAACUAGUCUCACAAGGUGUUUGGAAACUUUUGGCAUAAAAAGUGAGAGAGGAGAAGCAUCAAAUUCUUUACAUGGGAGGCAAAAAGCUUUGAGGAGAUCUUACUCUCAUGUUAUUGAAGAGGAUAUAAUUGGUGUUGAGGAUGAUGUAAAGAUUUUGGAGUCGUGUUUGAUUAAUCCUGUUCAUGUAUGCGAACCAGUCCACAGUCCACCAAGCACUGAACCUGAAAAGCGUGUGCGUUUGACUUCAAAUUCGGCCAGUCCAAAUACCAAUCAAGGAUAUAAAGUAGUUGCUAUUUGGGGGAUGGGAGGUUUAGGAAAAACAACAUUGGCUAAGAAGGUAUAUCAUAGUACUAAAGUUAGGCACAAUUUUGAGAGCUUAGCUUGGGCUUAUAUAUCACAACAUUGUCAAGCAAGGGAUGUUUGGGAAGGAAUUUUGUUGAAACUUACUUCACCUUGUAAAGAGUUAAGAGAGGAACUUGUUACUAUGAGAGAUGAAGAGGUUGCAAAGAUGCUUUAUGAAGUUCAAGUUGAGAAGAAAUGUUUAGUGGUGCUUGAUGAUAUUUGGAGUGUUGGUACUUGGAAUAAUUUGAGUCCUGCUUUUCCAACUGGAAGAUCUUUGUCAGUUGUUGGUAGUAAAAUAUUGCUAACUACUAGGAACAUUGAUGUUGCUUUGUAUAUGGAUCCUACUUGUUACCUUCAUGAACUAAGAUGUUUAGAUGAAGAUGAUAGUUGGGAGUUGUUUCAGAAAAAGGCAUUUCCAAAACAUAAUGAUUAUGCAGACUCUAGAGUCAGCACAGAGAUGGAGAAAUUGGGAAGGGAAAUGGUUGGAAGAUGUGGAGGUUUACCUCUAGCCAUCAUUGUCCUAGGAGGACUAUUAGCAUCAAAGCCAACAGUUUAUGAAUGGGACACAGUGAGACAGAACAUCAACUCAUACCUUAGGAAAGCAAAAGGCAAAGAACAACUUCUAGGAGUACCUGAGGUACUAUCAUUCAGCUAUUAUGAAUUGCCUUACCAAUUGAAACCAUGUUUCCUACACUUAGCCCAUUUCCCUGAAAACUUAGAGAUACAAACAAAGAAACUGAUAAGAAUAUGGGUGGCAGAAGGUAUCAUAUCAUUGGUUCAAAAUGAAGGUGAAGGUGAAGAAGCGUUAGAGGACGUGGCGCAGCGUUACUUGACCGAACUUGUGGAAAGGUGUAUGAUUCAGGUAGUUGAAAAAAGUUCAACAGGAAGAAUAAGAACAGUCCAAAUGCAUAACCUCAUGAGGGACUUAUGUGUAUCUAAAGCAUAUCAGGAAAACUUUCUUGAAAUGAUUAAUUCAUGGAAUGUAGAUGAAACUAAUAGGACUUCACAAGCACGACCGAUCGGUAAAGUUCGAAGGAUCGCCUUAUAUCUCGAUCAAGAUGUCGAUAGAUUCUUCCCUAAACACCUAAAAAGCCAUCACCAUCUUAGGUCUAUUUUAUGCUACCAUGAAAAAACAGCUAAGUUAAGUGAAUGGAGUUUGACGAAAUCAGUUUUCAAAAAAUGCAAGUUACUUAGAGUUUUGAAUUUAGAAGGAAUACAAUGUCAAAUGGGAAAGUUACCAAAAGAAAUUGGUCAUUUAAUCCAUUUAAGGUUUCUAAGUCUAAGAAACACAAAAAUUGACGAGUUACCAACAUCAAUAGGGAAUUUAAAGUGCUUACAAACCCUAGAUCUUCUAACAGGAAAUUCAACUGUUCAAAUACCAAAUGUUAUAGGAAAAAUGGAAAAGUUAAGACAUUUAUAUCUACCUGAAUCAUGUGGCAAUGGCAUUGAAACAUGGAACCUAGCAAAUCUGAAAAACUUGCAAACAUUGGUUAAUUUCCCUGCAGAAAAAUGUGAUGUUAGAGAUCUCAUAAAACUAACCAAUUUAAGGAAAUUGGUUAUAGAUGAUCCUAAUUAUGGAGAAAUUUUUAAAUCUAGUGAUGUAAAAUUUAACCACCUUGAGUCAUUGUUUUUUGUUAGUUCUGAAGAUACAUCAAUCCUUGAAGUUUUUGUAGGGUGUCCUAAUCUUUACAAGCUACACAUUGAAGGACCUAUAGUGAAUUUUCCACAACCAAAUCAAAUUUCAUCAAAACUUGCUAAGCUUAAGUUGCAAGGUUGUGGAUUUGUUGUUGAUCCUAUGACAACAUUGGAGAAGCUACCUAAUUUAAGGUUACUUGAGUUACAACUUGAUUCAUUUUUGGGAAAGGAAAUGGUUUGUUCUAACAAAGGUUUUCCUCAAUUAAGGUCACUUGUUGUGAGUGAUUUGUCUAAUCUUGAAGAGUGGAAGUUGGAAAAAGGUGCUAUGGCUUGUCUUAGGAAACUUGAGAUUUCAAAUUGUACUAAGCUUGAUGUUGUUCCUGAAGGGCUUAGGUUUGUGACUAGUCUUAAGGAUUUGGAGAUUAGGUCAAUGUUUGCAGCUUUCAAAAUCAAACUUGAAAAAGGAGGAGAUGAACAUUAUAAAGUUCAACAUGUGCCAUCACUGGUAUUUCAUUAUUGUGACUAUUAGAAACAAUAUUUCUUUCCUCUCUAGAUAUAAUUCUUCUUUUCUUAUUUGUCCUUUUUUAUAAUAUUCAGCUUUAUACAAGUGGUUAAAGUGUAAUAUAUGUAAAUAUUGUUAACUUGGAGAUAUUGAGUUUAGUUCUCACCAAGUAUAAUUAAUUUCUUUAACAACCUAACCAAUUUCUUGGAUUAA